AUGUCUCUAGCUAUACCUCCCUCGUUGCCCCUCCCCAGGGGUGUCUCUAGUCGUUAUGUCGUAACCCCCGAGCUUACCUUCCACACUCUUGAGGCCGGAGCUACUCCUGGUCGGGAUCGCCCCUUAAUUGUCUUACUGCAUGGAUUUCCUGAGAUCGCCUACUCCUGGCGACGGAUUCUGCCCCAAAUAGCAGACGCAGGCUUCUAUGCCAUCGCUCCGGAUCAGCGCGGGUUCGGCCGCACCACAGGAUGGGACACCCGACCCUUUGACGAGGUCGAUCUAGCUAGUUUUUCAUUGACUAACCUAGUCCGCGAUGUGGUGAUCCUGGUCCAUGCACUAGGAUAUCGAUCGGUCCACUGCGUUGUCGGCCACGAUUGCGGUGCCAUCACCGCCUCCAUGUGCGCGCUCAUGCGGCCAGACUUCUUUCACAGCGUGGUGCUGAUGAGCCACCCCUUCAACGGGAGUCCAACGCUGCCUUUCAACACUGCCAAUGAAAGCAAAGAUGAAAACGCGACGGCGGCUGAUCGGGGUGGCGGUGGUGGAGCUGAGGGUUCUGCUGCUGCUUUAGGAAUCCAUCAGGCACUGGCACAAGCUGGUCGCAAGCACUAUAAACGGUACUAUUCAACGGCCCGAGCAAAUGGGGAUAUGUCUCUGGCUCCACAUGAUCUACACCGCUUCCUGCGUGGUUAUUUCCACCUUAAGAGUGGAUCGUGGCCGGGCAACCAGCCACGUCGGCUGAAUGGAUGGACGGCCGAAGAAGUUGUACAGAUGCCGUUUUAUUACAUCAUGCCGUUGAAUGCCACGAUGCCCGAGGCAGUGGAAGCGCAUAUGGUUGACGAACCGUCGGGUGGACAGACUUCCCAUUCGUGGCUUCCGGAUGACGAGCUUGCGGUCUAUGUAGCGGAGUAUGCUCGCACCGGUUUCCAAGGGGGAUUGAACUGGUACCGUGUUCGCACAGCUGGUGGUGGUCAGUACACGAAGGACUAUGACCUUUUUGCGGGGAAGAAAAUUGAGCCGCCCUGUUCUUUCAUUUCAGGAGAGAAAGAUUGGGGGACAUACCAGGAGCCCGGUGCUCUGGAAAAGAUGACCAGUGGUGCCGUAUGCUCUGAUUUCAGAUCGCUCAAAGUCCUUAAAGGGGUAGGACAUUGGAUCCCUCAGGAGGCUCCAGAUGAGGUGGUGCAGACCAUCAUGGAGUUGACCAAGGGCCUGAGUGUCUAA